AUGACGCAGCGGCAUUGUCUCCAUUGUUUGACUCUCUUUGGGUCGGGGCAUGAAACUCGCUUCGUCUCUGGAAGUACUUUUCACGCUGCCAGGCUGGUCGACAACGUGAAUACGGCUGCGGAAUGUCAUCGGAUGAAAGAAGCCGUCUGUUGGAAUCCGAACCACGCUCGAGCCCAUGCGACGUCGCCGUGCUGCGCUUUACCGUAUCCACGAGCCAUUCUCCUGCACCCCGCCUCGGCUGAUCGCGCUAGGAUCGAUCGAAACAACCAUGCAGGCACAAGCUUGCGCUUCGACAUUGCCGAUGACCAAUGCGCGUUCGGAAAGCUGAUCGUCGAUGCUGCAAGCGCCUGUAGCAGCCAGAUUGGAACUCGAUCUGAUCUCCAACAGCGAUGUCACGCAUGCACAAGCACGCCGUCGGUAGCUGUUAGAAGAUUCAUUGUUCCACUAAACGACGUUCGCGUGGCUCGCACCCCUCCCUCCAUGCAAUCCAUGUUAUGGACCGGUGAUCCUUUUUCCCAGUAA